GCGCGCUGGCAGAGUGGCACAAUGUGGUGCUCGCGCGUACGGUUGUAUCGGUUUCUGCGUGCACUUGCGGGUGAACUGGUUCCACGCCGAACCCGCUGUGGACCCAUUUUUCAUUUCUGAGACACACACGCGCGCUCUCGGAUUUCAGGCGGAAAAGCGGUUUUGGUCGCAGUUGUGUAACGUGACAGCAGGAAGCGGACACGCAGACGAGAUGUUUACCCUGACUGAAGUGGCCUCGCUGAAUGACAUCCAGCCCACCUAUCGAAUACUGAAGCCGUGGUGGGAUGUCCUCAUGGAUUAUCUCGGUUUUGUCAUGUUGAUGAUCGCCAUCUUUGCCGGGACGAUGCAGUUAACCAAAGAUCACGUGGCGUGUCUUCCUUUUCUAGACGAGACCAAUAAGACAUCAAGCUUGCACACGACACCAAGCCCAGCGGAGACCUCCACGUUACCGUUGGGAACCGUCCCCGUAGCCACACGAGAUAUUCCGGACACCGCAGUGCAGGACAUCAGCGUCGGUGCUGAGCCUCGACCUAAAGGACGCAAAACAAACCUGGACUACCAGCAGUACAUUUUUGUCAACCAGAUGUGUUACCAUGUUGCUUUGCCCUGGUACUCAAAGUACUUUCCCUACCUUGUCCUGAUACACACCAUUGUGUUGAUGGUAAGUAGCAAUUUCUGGUUCAAAUACCCAAAGACCAGUUCAAAGAUUGAACACUUCGUGUCCAUCCUUGGAAGGUGCUUCGAAUCACCCUGGACCACAAAGGCCUUGUCAGAAACUGCAUGCGAAGACUCUGAAGAAAACAAGCAGAGAAUCAUCGCAGGGCAGUUUGGACCUAAACAGCUUUCCACAGACAGCCAAGAAGAUCGUUCCAGUUCUUCCCAACCGCUGUUAGGAAACAACACCAUGAGGUUCUCGGCUGAGAAGAUCUUUCCUGAAGGUCCCAGCAUGACCAUUUUGGAUAAAAAAGAUGGCGAGCAAGCCAAGGCCCUUUUCGAGAAGGUCCGGACAUUUCGAGCCCAUGUUGAGGACAGUGACUUCAUCUACAAACUCUAUGUGACACAGACGUUCAUCAAAGCGAUCAAGUUAAUAGUCAUCCUGGGUUACACGUCAACUUUUGCUGCACACAUCAAUUUUUCUCAUACAUGUGAGCCCAAAAUCGAGUACUUAACGGGGUACGAUCGAUUCUUCUGCACACACAAUAUGGCCUUCAUGCUGAGGAAGCUCCUUUUUACAUUCAUGGCUAUAAUCGGCCUUUAUUGCCUCGUGUGCCUGUAUGCGCUCUUUUGGCUUUUUCGACGUCCGCUCAAGGAAUACUCUUUCGAAAAAGUCAGGGAGGAAAGCAGCUUUAGCGAUAUCCCUGACGUCAAAAACGACUUUGCGUUUCUCCUCCAUAUGGUGGACCAGUACGACCAGUUACAUUCCAAGCGAUUCGGCAUUUUCCUGUCAGAAGUCAGUGAAAACAAGCUUCGAGAAAUUAGCCUUAAUCACGAAUGGACCCUGGAGAAACUGCGUCAACAUGUAACCAGCAAUGCCCAAGACAAGCAGGAGCUGCACUUAUUCAUGCUCUCAGGACUUCCCAAUGCUGUAUUCGAUCUCACUGAGCUUGAAGUUCUCAAACUAGAACUUAUCCCUGAGGUCCGGAUUUCAGCCAAGCUUUCCCAGAUGACCAAUUUACAGGAACUUCAUCUCUACAACUGUCCUGCCAAAGUAGAGCAAACAGGGUUCAGUUUCCUCCGCGAUCACCUUCGUUGCCUUCACGUGAAGUUUACCGAUAUUGAAGAAAUUCCUCCAUGGGUUUAUCUGCUGAGGAGCCUGAGGGAACUGUACCUGACUGGUAGCUUAAACUCAGAACACAACAAAAUGAUCAGUUUGGAAUCCCUGAAAGACUUGAGGCAACUAAAGAUGCUGUAUCUCAAAUGCAACCUCAACAAAAUCCCCACCAACCUCACAGAUCUUUCUCCACACCUCGUCAAGCUGGUUGUUAACAACGAUGGGACAAAGCUCCUGGUGCUGAACAGUCUUAAGAAGAUGACCAGCUUGCGUGAGCUGGAGCUCCAUCACUGUGACCUGGAGAGGAUCCCUCAUGCUAUUUUCAGCUUGACCAACCUGCAAGACCUGGAUUUUAAAUCCAACAACAUCCGCACAAUCGAAGAGGUCAUCAGCUUUCAGCAUCUGAAGAGACUGACGUGCCUCAAAUUGUGGCACAAUAAGAUCGUCAGUAUUCCGUCGAACAUCAAUCAGGUAAAAAACCUUGAGGCACUCUACCUCUCGUAUAACAAACUCGAGACGAUACCAGCCGCUCUGUUUUACCUGCCGAAGCUCAGGCACCUGGAUCUCGGGUACAACGCCGUUUCUUUGAUCCCGGUCGAAGUGGGACUUCUUCAGAGCCUACAGCACUUUGAUAUCACAGGCAACAAGGUGGAGGUUCUUCCUAAACAGCUGUUCAAAUGUACCAAACUGAAGGUCCUCUGCGUGGGGAACAACAGCAUCUCCGUCCUUCCCGAAUUCAUCGGACAGUUAACGCAACUCAUUCAACUGGACGUGAAGGGGAACUGCCUUGAUCACCUUCCGUACCAACUUAGUCAGUGUCACCAUCUUCAUAAAAGUUUUUUCAACGUGGAGGAUCAUCUUUUUGACACACUUCCACGUGAGUUAAGAGAGUGUAUGACUGAGGCGCCGACAGUUUAGCUACAGAACCCCUUGGAUUGGCAAGACUUCUCAGGGUUUUUUUUUUUUUUUUUUUUUUUUAUACAGCUUUGAAAUUUAAAAGGACACAAUAAAAAAAAGAGGCAUUUUGCUUCCUGUUUCUUUAAGCAGACUUUAUCUGAGAACCUCAGCUUUUGUUAGCCAGUAGAAAAUAAGUGGAUCAGACUGUGACUUUGUGUUUUUUAAAACAACUAUGCAUUUCUGAAAGAAAAAACUCGCCAGCUCUUCCUUUCACCAUGUGCACCACGUUCUGGUCUUACCUUCUUUUGUUUUUUUUCCUGAUUCUGAAAUUACACAUAAUAGCAUGUUCUUCA